CUUUAGUACAAAAUCAAAUUAUUUUUUCAAUUUCAUUUAUACAUAUUAAAAAUGUUCGUGUCGCCAAUUUAUCACUCAAUGAUGUAAAAGUAUUAACAAAAAUAGUGUUUUAUUAUAUAAUUUCGUGCACUUUCAAAAAAUAGGGAUAAUCCAGGUCAAAGCUUCUCGUUCUAAAUUUAACAUGGCGGCGUGCACAUGUUCUCUGCAUUUCUUCAUUGAAAACGAUUGUCAAACGCAUGACAAAUACGUUUCACAACUCCUAAAAAUUUGUGAUACUGUAAUAUCACUGGAAGUAACGCGAGUACAAUCUCUUGUGGACAAUGCAUGAUAAUGGAAGGGAGUCGUUUAACCAAAUAUAGUCACAAAGAGUGGCGUAACAUAGCAAAAAGGGAACGUCGGAGACGUCUGCGUCGCAAAGCAGCCGCUCAACGAGAAGCGGCCGAGGAACAGCUGAGGGCAGCACUUCAAAAAAGCGCGGAAUAUUUAAAAUGGCUAGAACAGUGUGAAGUUGAGGACAAAGAAAAAGAAGCUCGGGAAAAAGAAGAACACGAUCAACGGGAAAAAUUAUGGUUAGAGGAAGAGGUGAAAGCCCAAGAAGAAUGGCAAAUUUUGCAGGAGAAAAAGCAAAAAGCUCGACAGUUACAAUUGGAGCAAGAGGCGAAAAUCCGCCAAGAAUUUGAAACGAAACAGGAGGCUAUUCGCAAAAAACAGGAAGAGGAGAAACGUAGGAGAGAAGAGGAAAUUAAAAGGCGGGAACAGCUACUUAAAGAGAUCGACGACUACAUUGAUAAUGGAAUCAAAACCCCGGAGGCUUUGCGUGAGGUUAUCGAUAGUCAACCUGGUAAAGAGCUUUGUCCGUUUUUCACGAAGACAGGUGCUUGCAGAUAUGGUGACACUUGUUCGAGAAAUCAUCGCAGGGUAUGUUUAAGUAAAGUCAUAUUAGUACCUGGUUUUUAUACGCAUUUUUCUCUGGAGAAGAAUUCUGCCGAAUACGACACUGAUAUUGCCCUUGAAUUCGAAAGCUCGGAAACACGACAACAUUUUCGCGAAUUUUACAAAGAUGUAGUCCCGGAACUGGAAUCGUUUGGAAGAAUAAAAACCUUGAAAUAUUGUUGCAACACCGAAGUUCACUUGCGGGGCAACUUAUAUGUCGAAUAUUACACCGAAAGAGAAGCUGCUAGGGCUUUGAGGAGACUGAAAGGUCGAUGGUAUGCCGGCCGACAGCUUAAUUGUGAAUUUGUCAACCUGAGAUCAUGGAGGAGUGCUGUCUGUGGGAUGUCGAAAUGUCCGAAAGGAAGGGCAUGUAAUUUUUUACAUACUUUUAAAAAUCCACACGACGAAUAUGAUAUCAAAAGCCCGCCGAGAUGGGCGAAACAAUCGUCUUCGUCUACUCAGGAAGUUACGAGCAAUAAAAAAAUCGAACAUAGAAAUAAGUCAAAAUGGGAAGAUGGUAGCGACGUGGAAGAUAAUAAAAAUUGGAGGUGGUCCGAAUCCCCCGAGCCCGAGAUAGGUCAUCGUUCGAGGAAUGCCGAAACUCGCCAUCAUCAUUCCGACGAAAGGGACUUUCGACAGAAAUCCACUCGCGACAAACGAUACGAACAACUCGAUAGAAAUAGAUCUAUCGAUCAUGAGGAUUCGCCGCCGAUCAAACGUCAUCGAACGAGAUCUAGAAAACACAUAGAUGAGAAGAUCAGAGAUGAUGAUGUUUCGAACGAUCGCGACUAUUCUAGAAGACACUCGAAGAAAUACAAAAAAAGGACAGAAGAGGAUGAUGAUACAUCGCCGAGGCGUUCGCACAAAAGACACUUGAAAAGCAGCGAUCGAAAUUAUCGUUCGAGAAGUCAUAAGUUCUCGAAUAAACAUUCUAAAAGAGAAAAAGAGGAUAUCGAGAAAGAUAGAUACAGAUUGAAUAGUCAUAGUGAGCCGUGUCAAGUUUCUUGGGAAAGGAAAUCAAAGAGCACGUCCGAAAAGUCGAAUACCGAAGAAAUCAUCGACGCGAUAAAUCUGCCUUGCGUGAAAUCUAAAUGGGACAAAGAAAAUUCGGAACAAAUUGAUUCCGAAAGUACGGGUUCUUCCGAUUCUGAAGUCUCUGGCGUUGCCGAAGACAAAGAUGUCGACAAAUCGGAAACAUCGUGGAAACUACUUAAAAAAAUAUCCGACGACGAGUGGGCUACGACUGAUUCUGAAAAUGAAAUAAAGAUCACAGAGAAUUGAUGUAACAGACGUUGAAUGUAUAUAAAUUUGUUCUCAUCAUGAUUUUGUUGAAAACUAUAUUAGGAAACCAAAUAUAAUUUGAACAAUAAGUACUUUUUCAUACCAAAAUAUAUUUAAUAAUAAAACGUUACGUACUUAUCGCAAUA